AUCGAAGAAGAAUGAAACACGUGAAAAUGGAAGAGUUUUAAUCUGGUGGUGGCGAACAUCUUAAGGAAGAAGGAAUUACGAAUAACUGAUAUUUUGACGACAGCAGCAAACCAGGCCAAAAUUUGUAGGGAUAUUUAAAGAUAUUUUUAGAAUUAUAUUGGUAGGCGAUGGAGGGGAGAGAAAAGAAAUUGACGGUGGAUUUUGUGUGUUUGAUAUCUGCGGAUUAGAGUGAGAAGUCUGAACCCCCAAAACAAACAAACAAAGCCUCUCAAUUCCGAAUCGAGUCCAAGCAAACUCCCAACAAAUGGACUCGCUUCUCUUCCACUCCCAUCUCCAUACUCUUCCUCCGCUUUCCUCCGCCGCUCACCGUCCUCUCUACCAGCCUCUCACCGCCGCCGCUUUCCCCCGCUCUUCCCCUCUCCGGAGCUUCCGUCCCCCGCCGCUUCUCGCCGCCAACACCCUCACCGCUAAUUCAGUCUCGCCAAGAAGUGGACUGUACACUGUUGGUGACUUUAUGACAAGGAAAGAGGAUUUACAUGUGGUGAAACCCACAACUUCUGUCGACGAAGCUUUGGAUAUUCUUGUUGAGAAAAGGAUAACUGGUUUUCCUGUGAUAGAUGAUAACUGGAAACUGGUUGGUGUUGUUUCAGAUUAUGACUUGUUAGCACUGGACUCUAUAUCAGGUCACGGGCUAAAGGAUAACAGCAUGUUUCCAGAAGUUGAUAGUUCUUGGAAAACUUUUAACGAGAUUCAAAAGCUGCUCAGUAAGACCAACGGAAAAUUGAUUGGUGAAUUGAUGACCACUGCCCCUAUGGUCGUUCGUGAGACCACGAAUCUUGAGGAUGCUGCGAGGUUGUUGCUAGAAACCAAAUUUCGACGCCUUCCUGUUGUAGAUGCUGAGGGUAGACUGGUCGGGAUUAUCACGAGAGGAAAUGUUGUAAGAGCCGCACUGCUAGUGAAACGAGCAAACCAGAAUAAAGCAUGAUAGGAUUUAGAUGGUCAUUCCAUAAUUUGUUGCUGGAUUUCAUGCAGUAGUUGGAUUGAAGUGUAUACAGAAGCUUCGCUUAAAUUAAAAUUAAAAUUAAAAUUUUGGCUUAGGCAUGUAUAUGUUAUUGUUUUGCUAUUUACAGAGAUGUUUAUCAUUGGCAAUAUUUCAAAAGGGCAAUUAUUAUUCUUAA